CUGCCGCCCGGGCGCCGCCCCUCGCAGGGCAGCGCUUCCGCUUCCCGCGGGCGCGGCGGCCCCGGCGCUCCCGGCCCUCGGCGCGGGGCGGGAUGGCGAGUUACACCAAGGCCGCCCAGCAAUGGGCCACUUUUGGCAGAGCCUGGUACCUCCUGGAUGCGAAGAUGCAGCCCCCAGGAAAAAUAGCAGCUGCGACUGUCAUGAGACUUGAAGGCAAACAUAAACCUAUUUAUCAUGCACUAAAUGACUGUGGAGAUCAUGUUGUCAUAAUAAAUACAAGACAUAUUGCCUUCUCUGGUAACAAGUGGGAGCAGAAAGUAUAUUCUUCACACACUGGUUAUCCUGGUGGUUUCAAACAAGUGACAGCAACUCAGCUCCACUUGAAGGAUCCAACCGCUAUUGUUAAACUGACUGUUUAUAGAAUGCUUCCAAAAAACCUUCAGAGAAGAACUAUGAUGCAGAGGCUACACCUGUUCCCAGAGGAUGUUAUUCCAGAAGAUAUACAGAAGAACCUUCUGCAAGAGAUUCCUCAGCCACGUGCAGUCCCCAAGAGGUUAGAUGAAUAUACACCAGAAGAAAUUGCUGCGUUUCCAAGGGUUUGGACUCCACCUAAAGAUUUUCGAUGGAAGUAAUAGCAAUAAGUGGAGAAGAAGUGCCAUCAGGAAUGUCUCUCCUCCUUGAAAGAAAAGUCUUCUAACAUGGAAGCAUCUGUGCAUCUCAGUCAACUCUUCUAUACUGAAUGUUUCUAACAGCUGUUAGCAAACUUGAUUUGGCAAGAUUAUGAAAAUGAUUGUAUUUGAAACAGAUAAAAAUAGAUAUUAUCUUGUUAAUACCACCUGUACUCUGCAUUGUAUGAUCUGGUAUUUAUUAGUGACAUUUGGUUUGAUACUAUUAUUAAAGAAUUGAUACCUUUUUAAUGAA